CCUACUUACCUACUUACCUACUUACCUACUUACCUACUUACCUACUUACCUACUUGCCUACUUGCCUAUUAACCAAACUCAAUUCAAUUCGGGAACUCCGCGUUUGUGUGGAGAACUUAAAGUGGGGUCCCUUGCUUACCUUGCAGCUUAGACGGACCAGCACUGCAGUCUGAGAGUAUUUUCACCCCGGAAAUUUGGGUCCCAGCUAUUGUGAACAAGCUAUUCUCCACUGCGAAAACGGGGUCAAAUUCACUUCAGCGGAAGGUGCAAUAAACUUCACGUUUGACGCAAUUUUUGCCUGCGCCAGACCUGUCCAACGACGUCAAAGAGCUGUGCUGUGCCGCUCCAAGCGUUGCAAAAAAACGUCAGAGCUUCCCCGAACCUCAAGGGCUGUGUUUCUUCACCUUGCUGCCGUUCUUAGAGCUGGAAUCGCCAAAAUAAACUUAGAAUACGACCGAUAGAGCAACCCCGAACCUCAAACCGACAACCUAAUACCUACCUCGCGCAAGCAACCUACGAAUUGAAAAAAAAAAUCUAACCUAAUGUCGCACUUGGGUGCGAAAGGGUCCAAGGCCCUCCUCAGCAAUCUUGGAGCACCAGGGCGAUCGGCGGUAACCCGAAGAUGCAGUGUCGCCCUUUCCACCGCGCCCGGCGUGCGCUACUCUUCAACGGAGCAAAAAAGCCACAGCUUCAAAGGCCAGAUGAUGGAGAGUAUCCAGCAGCGACUGGCCAGGGAAAAGGCUGACAGAGAGCGUAUCGAGAGGGAGCGCCAGGAGUCAGCUGGCUCCAAGUUUCUCACCCAGACCUUCAUGUUCCUCUUUAUCGGCGCGUCUGCCUACUACUUAGGCACCAAAGUCCCACAACCUCCUAGCACGGCCUCGACGCUCCCGCUUUCCGCCACACAACCUCUCAAAGAAGUCAAGGCCUCAGAGCUGCAGGCUGCAUGGGCGGACCUGGUCGCCAUAGUCGGCAAGGAGAACGUUAGCACCAACGACACCGAUCUUGACGGCCACUCGGGCUCGACAUGGUCCUCGCACCCGCACCGGCCUGAAGACCGCCCAUUCUGCGUCGUGUGGCCACAAAGCACCGACGAGGUCUCCAGGAUCAUGAAGACGCUGCACGAGCGUCGCAUCCCCGUGACCGGCUACAGUGGUGGGACGUCACUCGAGGGCCAUUUUGCGCCCACCCGUGGAGGUGUCGUUAUCGAUUUCGGCAAGAUGGCUCGCGUCCUAGCCAUCAACGACAAGGACCUUGAUGCCGUAGUGCAGCCUGGGCUUGGGUGGGAGGCGCUCAACGACGCCCUCUCAUCGCACGGGCUGUUCUUCCCACCUGAUCCGGGCCCAGGUGCCAUGAUAGGCGGCAUGAUCGGCACGGGAUGCAGCGGCACAAACGCGUACCGCUACGGCACCAUGAAGGAUUGGGUCAUCUCGCUCACGGUGGUUUUGGCCGAUGGCACAGUUGUCAAAACGCGCCAGCGGCCCAGGAAGAGCUCCGCCGGCUACGACUUGACACGCCUGUUUGUCGGCUCAGAGGGCACUCUGGGUCUGGUCACUGAAGCGACGCUCAAACUCGCCGUACGUCCCGCUUCGACGUCUGUGGCGGUCAGCACUUUCCCCACUGUCCGCGCUGCGGCCGACUGCGUCGCCGCCGUGGUGGGCGCAGGCAUUCAGGUUGCUGCGGUCGAGCUCCUGGACGACGCCCAGAUGAAGUGCAUCAACGAUGCCGGCAUGACGACUCGGUCAUGGAAGGAGGCCCCGACCAUCUUCUUCAAGUUUGCCGGAACUCAGGGCGGUGUGAAGGAGCAGGUGUCGCUUGUACAGAAGCUGGCCAAGGGCAACAGCGCAACUUCGUUCGACUUUGCCAAGAACGAGGACGAGCAGCUUGAGCUCUGGAGCGCCAGGAAGGAGGCUCUCUGGAGUACCAUGGCGGUCAAGAAGGAGGGCGAGCACGUGUGGACCAGUGACGUGGCUGUUCCCAUCUCGAGGCUUCCGGACAUCAUUGAAGAGACCAAGGCGGACUUGAAGCGGAGCGGAUUGUUUGGCACCAUUGUGGGCCACGUGGGCGACGGCAACUUUCACACGAUCUUGGUCUACUCGGAUGCUCAGAGGAAGGCUGCGGUCGAGUUUGAGCACAGGAUGGUGAAGCGGGCGAUUGAGAUGGAGGGAACAGUGACUGGCGAACAUGGAAUCGGCCUCGUCAAACGGGACUACCUCGCCCAUGAGCUGGACGAGAACACGGUCAACCUGAUGCGCAAGAUGAAGACUGCAUUUGAUCCGUUGUGUCUACUCAACUGCGACAAGGUUGUUCGCAUGCAAAAGCCACGGCCCGGUGAGGUCGAUGAGUGGUAGGCUAGUCAGCCUCCAGGAUGGGUGUGAUACUUAGCUCACUGUGUUGUAUAUUCCCAUCACGAUAGCGAGCGCGUUCAGAGACGUGGUGUUUUGUAUUGAUUCCUCAUCAUGAUUAUAAGCUUCUCAUAAUGGAAAUCCACUCCAUCGAGUCUGAUCACAAGAUAUGCCUCUCUAAUAUGACAUUGGUUACACACCAAAAAUUCCUCUCUGUUGGAAGACG